AUGGCACCCUCAUCCACCAUCACCGUUGAUACUGUUCCCCUCACGCCCUCCGCCUUCGCACCUUUCGGCACCGUCCUGAUCUCCCCACUCUCCUCCGCUACCACGACCCCACCAACCCCUCCGCCCCGCGGCUCCAUCUCCGCAAACCAAGGCACCGCCCUCAAAUUCCCCGACAUAGCACCUGUCACAUCCAUUUACCAUACCUCUCCGAGUGGUGCCCUCGCCAAGCCGUCUAUGAGUCUCUUCUCCUGCUUCGCACGAGCUCUCCGCACAUCCAAUGGCCGGCAAAUCUUCGACGUCAAAGUCCUAGAACGACAUCCUUUCACUACGCAAACAUUCAUACCCCUCGCUACCUCCUCCCCCUCUUCCUCAGUCACCACCUCUACCACCAAAUCCAUCAUCAUUGUCGCACCCACCCUUCCCACCCCUCCUCCUCCCCCGCCUUCGCCCCCAAACCUAACGCCCUACUCUCCACAGCUUCAAUCGAAACAAGGCGGGCCGCCCGAUCUAAAGAAUCUGAAAGCCUUUAUGGCAGAGCCGGGUAUGGGCGUCACGUAUGGAGUGGGGACGUGGCAUGCACCUAUGGUUGUGGUGGGAGGGAGGGUGGAUUUUGUGGUGGUGCAGCAUGUUAGUGGGAGGGGGGACGAAGAUUGUCAGGAAGUGGAUGUGCAAGGGGUGGAGGUGGUGGUGGAAGGAGCAGAGAGGGCAAAGUUGUGA